AUGGAGGGUCGCAAUCCGGCCACCUCCGAUGAUCAAAAUGUGAUACCGUGGAAUGGAAUUGCAUCAUCAACUUCAGAUAAAGCUUAUUUGGAUAAAGUAUUGAGAAAUAUCAAUUCGACUUUGGAGAUCCGAGAGCCAAUUAUGGAGAAGGUUGGAGUGGUUUCACCUAUGGUGGGUAAAGGUAAACAAGUUAUGAUUGAAGAAGAGAAAUCUCCUCAUCAUAAUGAAGGCUCAACUUCGUUAGUGAGAAAGUUAAUUGUUAGAAGAUUCGCUAACGUGAAACACAUACCUGGUAUGGAAGUCGAUCAUUUGCCGGAAAAGGCUCAGGUAUUUGGGAGGCGUAUUCUGGUACAUCUGGUUACAGCGGAGCUGAGACGUCAGUGGACGAAGUUUGUUAAAUUUAAUCUAGCAAGCCUUGGUUCUGACUGGGUUUUAUGUUCAUUCGUCUCUAAGGAGGCCAUGGAUAAUGUUCUAUCGAGAGGACCAUGGUUUGUUAAUGGGCAUAUAGUUGGGCUUGAUAAAUGGAGCUCAGAAUUUAAUCCUAAUUUUCUCAAAGGGAUAUCUUGUCCAAUCUGGAUUAGAAUACCGAGUUUACCGUUGUACUGCUGGGAUGAAAUUAAUGUCUCAAGAAUAGCAUCUUCUGUUGGAGAAUGCAUUUUGAUUGAUGGGGAUAUGUUCUAA